GUAAUAAUUUGGUAUAAAACGAAAUAAAAUAUUUUCAAAAACACAUUCACUUUGCUUAUUCAACCUAAUAGCAGUUAACUUAUUAAAUACUACUUUUUAAAAAUGGUAGCGAAGGUAGCUCUCCUUUUCUGUGCUCAAGCACUUUUAUUCCAGUACAUCUCCGCGCAAUGCAUCGGAGCUGCAUACAACGGUAUCGCCGACGGCUUGGUUCGAGGUCCUGUUCCCUUCGCCGCGCCAUGGAACGCUCUCGCUUACCCUGAAGCCGCCCUAGCCGCCCCCUGCGCCGGCUUCGCGCCCGCCGCUGCUUACGGAGGCGGCUUCCCAGUGAGGAGCGCCUCCCCCAUCGCAGUCACCGGCGUGUCCAUGACGUCUGAGAACGUGUACGAAGGCCCGUUAGCCGUGUCUGGCGCUGUGCCGUUCUUGGGAGCCGUGGCUUUGGAAGGCGGUUUGCCCAGUGUCGGCGCUGGUGCGGUGUCUUACGGUUGCGGGAACGGAAACGUGGGCAUGCUGACUGAGGGUAUCGACGGUAUCAACGGGUACGCUGGGCCUUAUGGCUACGGCGCUGGCGCUGGGCUGGGCUACGGGUACCCCCUGGGGCUUGAGGCCGGUAUUGCUGGACCCGGGUACGGGUACGGGUACAACAGGGGAUGCGGUUGUGGUGCUUUGUAUUAAGUAGUAUAUUUUUGUUACUUAAAUUGUAUAAUUCUAUUAUGUUUGUCACAAAAUAAAGACUGGUGUUGACAAA